AUGGGAGCGACCACAAGCACAGCGAGUGCCUGCCAUGGUUGCUCAAAAGACCAAGAAGUUGAUGUUGAGGUGACCUCCAUAACUGCACCGCAGGCUCCCAACCCAGAUGACUCGCAGGCUCAGGUCGAUGUUGGCGAUGGACCUGUGCCCGGACAAAGGUCGAAACGCAGCCUGCUUUUGCGCCACGCGUUGGUUCCAGACCUCGACAUCCUUCGUGGUGUUUCCGUUAAAGAUACACUGAGGGGUUUCGGUCGGCUUUGGCGCCGCUCUCCCAUGGACCUGUCCGAAGAACUUCGGGCUGCGAUGUGGGAUCGUUCAAGGCAGAUGGAGUCCUUUGAUCUGUUUUUAUCGCACACUUGGCGAACCGGAGGCUUGUGGAAGUUUUUAGCUUUGACACUGCAAUGUGGAUGGCAGCGGCUCCUGCUUAGCUGGCUCAUCGCAAUGAUUCUCGUGGAGACUCUAACUUUCUUUGAUGUUCUUCCGUUCCAUAUGAACUUCACAGCUGUCUUCGAAGGCGACAGCUAUGUCUUCCCUUUUGGAGCCUGGGGUCUCUUCUUGGCAAACCUCGCACCCGUGGUCAUGGCCAUUGCAGCUCCCGGGGGCGCCAAAGACUGUUUCCUAGACAUUGUCAGCAUUAACCAAGUGGAUGAGGAGUUGAUGGAGAGGGGCAUUUAUGGCCUCGGAGGAUGCUUGGCAGUCUCCAAGGAGUUGCGCAUCCUCUGGUCGAAGCCAUACUUGUCACGACUCUGGUGCGUCUUCGAAAUAGCGGCCUACCGGUUUAUCAAUCCAAAUGGCAAGAUCACCCUCGCACCCUUGUUCUUCGAGACCGGGAUUGCGAUGCUUUGGUUGGGUCAAUGCGCCAUUAUGAUCAUUUACAUCCAGCUGCUGAUGGUUGAUGCUGCACUCCCAAGAUUCAUGACGAUUCCGGCCAUUGCUCCGUUCGUCAUAAUGGUACACGUGCUGAGGAGAAAUCUGUUGGCCAAACAGGAGCUGUUUGCAUCACUGGAUAACUUCGAUGUUGACAAGGCGGAGUGUGCGAAGGAGUUCGACAGGGAGUUUGUCCUUCAAGCGAUUGAGAAUUGGUACGGCAGUCGGGAAGCUUUCACAGACUAUGUUCGGGGUCCUCUACGAAAGGAGCUGCUGGCCAAGGCCAACAGUGGCUUACCGCUGCAGUACAUCUUCGUCAUCGUAUCCCCGACCCUGAGCCUCGGUAUUGACAUUUUGCUCGGCAUCAUCAAAAGUGGGUUGCCGCUUCGCUUCAUCUUCUGCUAUGUCCUCAGUAUCCUCUUCGGCGCAGUCCUCUUCAGUGGGGCGGUGCAGAUCCGGAUGAGCAUCUUCAUGUGCGAACGCUUUGCCGCUCCGUACAAGCCGGGCUGCUGCGAUUGGCUUCAAAGUGUCAUCAUCUUUCUUGUGAGCGCCGUGGUUGGCAUCACCGGGUUUCUGCUCUCCGUGAUCGCGUAUUCGACCAGUCUGGGCGCCUCCUUGGCAUGGUGUGCGUUUGCGAUCUGCAUCUUCGGGCUCUCGCUCUUGGACUGGGAAUGCGAGGCAGCAAAGCUUCGAUGUUGCGGGGCGCCGUCAGAGAUGUCUCCGACAGCCGAUGAAGACAGCCACGUGUCACUUUAG